AUGUCCUACGACGCUAUUGUGAUCGGUGCUGGUGUGGUUGGACCUUGUGUCGCUACAGCUUUGGCCAGACAAGGCAGAAAAGUGCUUAUAGUCGAAAGAGACUGGAGUGAACCAGACAGAAUCGUUGGUGAGUUGAUGCAGCCUUCUGGACUCAAGGCUUUGAAAGAGCUUGGUAUGAUCCAGGCGGUCAACAACAUCGAUGCGGUGUAUGUGGACGGUUACUACAUAAAGUAUCACGACAAGCGUAUCCAGAUUCUGUACCCUGACAGAUCAGAGUGUGACAAGACCAACCCAGUGAAACCCGUUCCAGACUGUGUUUUUGGUGACAACGACAAGUACGCCUCGAACGACCCUUCCAUCAACGCCGCAGAGUGGGACCAGACUGAGAAUGUGCGUGGACUUGGCUUCAGUAACGGUAAGUUUUUGACUAACCUUCGAGCCAUAGUCAGAGCCGAGAAGAAUGUCGACUGGAUCGAGGGCUCUGCUACAGAAGUGCUUAGAGAUGAAGAAGACCCUGAUAGAGUGAUUGGUGUCAAGGUCAAGAGCCUCAAGGGUGACUUCACUACGUACCAGGCUAAGGUCACUUUUGCAUGUGACGGUAUCUACUCCAAAUUCCGUAAGGAGCACUCUAAGAAUAAUGUUGCCGCUGUGGGCUCUUACUUUGUGGGUCUCCAGUUGGAAGACGCCAAACUUCCUGCCCCACACCAUGGCCAUGUCAUUUUGGGUGAUCAUGCCCCUGUUCUUGUCUACCAGACGAACAAGAGAGAAACCAGAGUUUUAUGUGCCUACCGUUCGACAAAGCCACCUUCGGCUGCAAACGACACUUUCUACAAGUACUUGGAGCAGGAGAUUUUACCAUCGUUACCCGAGGAGAUCAAGCCUAGCUUUGAGCAUGCCAUGGCUGGCCGCAAGUUCAGACCUAUGCCUAAUCAGUACUUGAGUGCUCCUAAACAGGGUGGUCGCAACAAGGGAUUUAUUAUGUUGGGCGACUCGUUGAAUAUGAGACAUCCACUUACAGGAGGCGGCAUGACGGUGGGAUUGAACGAUGCUGUGUUGCUUACCAAGCUUUUGCAUCCUAAACAAGUGCCCGAGUUGGACGAUUACGACUUGAUUUCCAAGAAGUUGAAGCAAUUCCACAGUAAGAGAAAGAGACUUGAUGCUGUGAUCAACACACUCUCAAUUGCAUUGUAUUCCUUGUUUGCUGCCGACAGCAGGCCCCUUAAGAUCUUACAAGAAGGAUGCUUCAAGUACUUCUUGCUUGGCGGCGACUGUGUCAAGGGCCCCAUUGGAUUGCUCUCAGGUAUGCUUCCAUUUCCCAUGUUGUUGUUCAACCACUUCUUCUCUGUUGCCUUUUACGCGAUCUAUUGCAACUACUGCGACAGAGGCUUUGCUGGGUUCCCGGUGGCCUUGUAUGAGUCAUUUGAAGUCAUCUUCACUGCUGUGAUGGUAUUCACGCCAUACUUGUGGAAGGAGCUCGUCAACUAG